AGUGUGUGUCCAGCCCUGAGAGUGAGAGGAGCGCGGGUCUCUCUCUCAUUCACUCACUCACUCGCUCACUCGCUCGCUUACACUGGCCGAGCCAAAACACGAAACCAUGAGUGGACACAAGGCGAGGAGAUUCUGUGUGUCUGUCUUCCAGCGUCUGUGCCAGUCUGUGUGUGUGUUUGUCUGCGUGUUGCUGCUCCGGCCGUCGGUGUGUGCUGUCCGCGCAGAGGUGGUGAGUUCGAGCCUGGCCGACACGGAGGAGACACUGGCUGACCUGAACCAUGAGUGCGUGCGGGAGUGCGUGGCGGGGGAGAGCAAGGUGUGCUACUACAAGUUCACGGUGGAGUGGUACACAACCCUGGGCAAGGCGUGUUAUAACUGCCCCUUCAACAUGAGUGACUGCGCGCGACCCCACUGCGCCGCCGCCGAUGGGUUUGAGCGCGCUAUCGUGACCGUCAACCGCCGCCUUCCUGGGCCCGCCAUGCACGUUUGCCAGUGGGAUGAAGUGGUGGUGGAUGUGGUGAACGAGCUGGGCAGUGACUCCACCACGAUCCACUGGCACGGCAUCCACCAGCGAGGCACUCCCUACAUGGAUGGCGUACCUUUUCUCACCCAGUGCCCCAUCCCCGCCCACACCACCUUCAGGUAUCACUUUUUAGCAGACCAACCUGGCACUCAGUAUUGGCACUCACACUCAGGGUUCCAGCGGACGGACGGGAUGUUUGGGGCCCUGGUGGUGCGGGAGCCGCGUGAGGACGACCCGCAGCGGCACCUGUACGACGUGGACGACCCCAUGCACAACCUGGUCCUCACCGACUGGCUGGACGGACUGGGCAUCGCCAAGUUUGUCAACCACCAUCACACAGAGCAUGACAACAAGCCCUACACCCUCCUGGUCAACGGGCGAGGGAAACACGUGCGCCUGACGAAGGGCGACUCGGAGGCCUACACACCUGUCCACGAGGCGACAGUCACACCGGGCAUGAGACACCGUUUUCGCGCGCUCAGUAACAGCAUCCAGAACUGUCCCAUCGUCAUCUCCGUGGACAACCAUACCCUCGUGCCCAUCACCACGGACGGGCACCCCAUUGACCCCAUCGAAGUGGACAAACUCACCAUAUACGGCGGUGAGCGAUGGGACUUCGUGGUGGCCGCCAACCAGACGCCCGGCGCCUACUGGAUGCGCUUCCAAGGCAUGCUGGACUGCGACGAGCGCUUCAAGAGUGCCCAUCAGGUGGCGGUGAUGCGGUACGAGGGCGCCGAGGGGUUGCCGGGCCCCCUGGAGGAAGUGGACUACGCCUCCACCGUACGGGCGGGGCUGGAACUCAACAAACUGAACGCCGCCCCUGGUGACGGCGUGACCUUCCUGACGGCGGCGGAGAUCAGGGGCCCCGCCAUAACCCGGGACAUCAGCCGCGCGCCGGACCACACCUUCUGGCUGGAGUUCGACUUCUACGGCAAGGACAACCCGACCUUCCACGACCCCGACCUCUACCCCUUCGACGGAGUGAGAAAGGAGCACCGCCUCUUCACGCCGCAGAUUAACGAGAUCUCCCUCAAGCUGCCCAACGCGCCGCCGCUCUCCCAGCCGCAGGACGUGGACCGGAGCGACUUCUGCAACGCCACCUCCCGGAGGAACUGCCGCGGGGACUUCUGCCACUGCCCGCACGUGCUGAAUGUAGAGAAGGACAGCCUGGUGGAGCUAGUGCUGGUGGACGAAGGUGUGGUGUACUGGGCCAACCACCCGUUCCACCUCCACGGCCACGCCUUCCAGGUCCUGGCGAUGGGGCGGCUGGGCGAGAACACCACCAAGGCCAAGGUGCAGGAGAUGGACGCCGCGGGUCUCAUCGAGCGUAACUUCGACCGCCCGCCCACGAAAGACACGGUGACGGUGCCCGAUGGAGGUUACACCGUGAUCCGCUUCUUCGCCACUAACCCAGGCUAUUGGCUCUUCCACUGUCACAUCAGCUUCCACAUCGAGGUCGGGAUGGGGCUGGUCUUCAGGGUGGGGGGCGACGACCUCCUGGCCCCCCCGCCCCCAAACUUCCCCAAAUGUGGUUACUGGACCCCGCCCGUUGACCCCAAAUUCAAGGCCAAACUGGGCCAAUACUUCCGGGGUCAAAACAGUGAGGUCGAUGUGAAUCUUGACCUGCUGGGGGGGCUGGGGGGCGCUGAGGGGGGGGAGGUGGAGCAGGGGCCGAGUUACUCCACCCCCACACUCCCGGAGAAGGCGGGGAGUGGAGGUGGAGGAGGUGGAGGUGGUGGUGGUGGUGAUAGUGGUGGUGGUGUGGUGGAGAGCAGUUUGGUGUUUGUUUUAGUGAGUGUGUUUGUGUGUUUGUUGUAGUGGAGAGAGAGAGAGAGAGAGAGAGAGAGAGAGAGAGAGAGAGAGAGAGAGAGAGA